AAGAGGGAGAGUGCACAGAGAAAAAUGAAACAGCGGAAGCUGAGGUUGAAUGAAGACAGUUGGCACAGGCAGUAAGGUGCUGACAUGGGUGUUCCUCCAGGACAGCCACCUCCUUCUCCGCGAUCUCCUCCUCCUUUCCUCCUCUUCCUCUUCCUCUCCUCCUUCCCUCCCCUCCUCUCCCGUCCUCUCAUCCUCCAUCCCUCUAUUAAUGUGGCGGUGGUGUUCAGUGGCUCCGCUUACCAGAAUGAGGUCAGGGGUCGUUUGAGCAGAGAGAACUUCGCUGAUCUUCCCCUAGAGGUGAACCCGGUCACUGUUCUGGUUAACGACACCAACCCUCGCGCCCUGCUGACGCGUCUCUGUCAAACCAUGGCGACAGAGAAACUGCAUGGAGUCGUGUUCGAGGACGAUGUGGGAUCAGGAGCUGGACCUCAGGUGGCAGAAGUGGCUCAGAUCCUGGACUUCCUGUCGACUCAGACUGCUCUGCCCAUCGUUGGCAUCAGUGGAGGAUCUGCCGUCGUCAUACCUCACAAGGCUGAGGGUUCCACGUUCCUCCAGAUGGGUGCGUCACUGGACCAGCAGAUUGUCUGCAUGUUCAAGUUGAUGGAGGAGUAUGAUUGGAGAGACUUUGUAGUCAUCACAAGCAUGUUGCCGGGAUACGAGACAUUUGUGGACUACGUCCGCUCCUACACGGACACUUCCUACUUCCUGUGGAGGCUGCAGGAUAUCCUGUCUCUGGAGAUGUCUAUUGGGACCAGCGACGUCCGCGCCAAACGCAUGUUACAGCAGAUUGAUUCCCAGGUACUCCUGGCCUACUGCUCCUAUGAAGAGGCCCAGUACCUGUUCCAGGUAGCAGGGGAGGUGGGUCUACUGGGGCCUGGGUACAUCUGGAUCCUCCCCUCCCUCGCGUUGGGCAACACAGAGAGCCCUUCACCUCUCAGCUUCCCCAUAGGAGUGAUUGGCGUCAUCACUGACCAAUGGAGGAAGAGCCUGAGGCAGCGGGUCAGAGAAGGAGUGGCCAUAGUGGCCAAAGGGGCGGAGAGUUUCAAGAGGCAUCAGGGGUUCGUUCCUGAAGGACACAGUGACUGUAACACACCAGUUACACACAUUAACAACAACACACUGUUCAGACACAUGCUGAACGUGACAUGGGAGCAUAAGGACCUGUCGUUUAACAGUCAUGGUUACCUGACAAACCCUUCCAUGGUCAUCAUCGCUCUGAACAGAGACAGACAGUGGGACAAGGUGGGGACAUUAGAGCGGGGUAUCCUCCAGGUGCGUUAUCCGGUGUGGCCUCGAUAUGGCAGUUUCCUGGAGCCGGUAUCAGAUGAUCGCCACCUGACGGUAGCCACUCUGGAGGAGAGGCCCUUCGUCAUAGUAGAGAACGUGGACCCCGACACGGGCACCUGUGUACGCAACACUGUGCCCUGCCGACGCCAGUCCAACCGCACCGAGAGUCUUGUGGGUCACUCGGAGCCCUACACCAAGCUGUGCUGUAAGGGGUUCUGCAUCGACAUUCUGAAGAAGCUGUCUCGCACCAUCAAGUUCUCCUACGACCUCUACCUGGUCACUAAUGGGAAACAUGGAAAGAUGAUCGGAGGCAUCUGGAACGGCAUGAUCGGAGAGGUGUUCUAUAGGAAAGCAGACAUGGCCAUAGGUUCUCUCACCAUAAAUGAGGAGCGUUCUGAGAUCAUCGACUUCUCCGUGCCCUUCGUCGAGACCGGCAUCAGCGUCAUGGUCGCCCGUAGCAAUGGGACUGUCUCCCCCUCCGCCUUCCUCGAGCCCUAUAGCCCAGCGGUGUGGGUGAUGAUGUUUGUAAUGUGCUUGACCGUGGUAGCUGUGACCGUAUUCGUGUUCGAGUACUUCAGUCCUGUCGGAUACAACCGCAGCUUGGUCAGCGCUAAAGCGGCAGGCGGUCCUACCUUCACCAUAGGGAAGUCAGUGUGGCUACUGUGGGGCAUUGUGUUCAAUAACUCAGUCCCCAUCGAGAACCCCAAAGGAACCACCAGUAAGAUAAUGGUGCUGGUGUGGGCCUUCUUCGCUGUCAUCUUCCUGGCCUCCUACACGGCCAACCUGGCUGCCUUCAUGAUCCAGGAGCAGUACAUAGACACUGUGUCUGGACUGUCUGACAAAAAGUUCCAGAAGCCUCAGGAGCACUACCCUCCAUUCCGGUUUGGGACGGUCCCUAACGGCAGCACAGAGAGGAACAUCAGGAGUAACUACCCUGACAUGCAUGCACACAUGGUCAAAUACAACCAGAAAGGAGUGGAGGAUGCCCUCAACAGCCUCAAGACAGCGAAGCUGGAUGCUUUUAUCUAUGAUGCUGCAGUGUUGAACUACAUGGCAGGGAAGGAUGAGGGCUGUAAGCUUGUGACUAUUGGCUCUGGGAAGGUGUUCGCUACAACAGGCUAUGGUAUCGCCCUGCAGAAAGACUCCAGAUGGAAACGACCCAUUGACCUGGCCUUACUGCAGUUCCUGGGAGACGGUGACACCCAGCGCUUGGAGACAGUCUGGCUGUCAGGCAUCUGUCAGAAUGAGAAGAACGAGGUGAUGAGUAGCAAGCUGGACAUAGACAACAUGGCUGGGGUCUUCUACAUGUUGCUGGUGGCCAUGGGGCUCAGUCUGCUGGUGUUCGCCUGGGAACAUCUACUCUACUGGAAACUACGCAAGGAACUAGACAAGUCUCCUAGGAUGGACUUCCUGCUCGCUAUCAGCAGGGGUAUCUAUAGUUGCUUCAACGGGGUGGAGGAACCAGACCUCCCUAACCUGGCUAACCCAGACCUGACAGCUAACUAUGCCCAGGCUAACAUGCUCAAGAUGCUACGCACUGCUAAGGACCUGGUCAACUCCGCCCAAGUCGAGACCUCACUGGACCACGCCACCAAGACCAUAGAACACUGGGGUCGCCAUGGCGGCAGCCUGCCAGUCCACAUUCCGCAGCAGCUCACCACCGAAACAGUCCCGGGAGGGUUCGCUUAUGUCACAGAGAAUACACACCCGCCCCCCGAGCGCCCCCUCAGCCCACAAUACUGCACGCUGGGUGUAGUGACAUCUGUGAACCAGCAGAGGGGACUGGCGAGACCAACACCUCUACGAUACACGCUCCCGGCUCGUACUUCCUCUCUCUACGACAGACCACUUCCUGUUUCUAGUCUCAUUUGCCCUCACCUUGACCUGGCUGGGGGGGACCCCCUCUCUUCCUACCCUCACCCCUCCACAGGUAGGCUCUAUGUGGACCCCCAACACCUUUCCCACCCCCGCUCUCCCUUCAUCCCCUAUAGUGAACUCCAGCUCCCAGACAUCUACCUCUCCUCUCACCCCCCCUCUGCUGUCUCCCAUCCCCCCCACACAGAGCCCUCCAGGAGGAAGAGGAGGAGCAAGAGCCUCCUCUCAGGGGAGUCAGGAGGAGGAGGAGGACAGAGGAGGAAGCGCAGGGAGGGGAAGACGGUGUGCCUGGCUGAACUCCGGGCCAACCACCUCCAGGAGAACCAUGUCUCGCCCCAUACACCUGACUCCCUGUACCCAGGAGCGGUGCUCUGUCCUGGGGAAGAGGGCUGCGGUGGCUCCUGGCCUCUUCCUCUGGAGGAGCUGGUUCUAGCAGGCAGACGGCGUUUCCAACGACGGCCAUCUUUCCUUCGAGCCACCUGGGGCAGCGAGCGGAUUCGCCAGCCAGACGAUACUCCGCCUACAUCCCUCGAUAGCCAAUCACAUUCUGCUUUACCAGACCUAUUCCCCUGCGUCAUGGCCGACCAAGAAACUCCCACUAAACUCUACAACCCCCCCCCGCUCCGGAACAACCUAUUUUAUCCUGCCGCCUCACCCCGCCAGCAUGCCUAUCUUCAUAUAAGGCAGGACCAGAGGAAAGGAAACUCACGUAAGAAGCUGCGGCACUCACACUCCACCCACCUGCCCACCUACAGGGAGGCCGUACUGGGGGGCCAGGGAGGGGGAGGUGGGGUAGGCCUGGGGGUGGUCCGGAAAGCCACCAGCCUGCUCAGCAGACAGUACAACCACUAUCUAACCUCCUACCCUGGGCUGCCUCUCUACCACGGCCCCCUCAACCUCCAGGCCCAUUCCCAGGCAUCCAGCAACCACCCCAGCCCCGGUGCCUACCGUAGCCCCAGCCCAGUGUGCCAGCUCCUGGCCUGUGGAGGGGGCUGUCGAGACCAGAGGGGGUUGUUGUACCAGGACAGUCUGUAUGGAGCCUAUGGAGCCUACCGAGGGGCCCAGGAUCCGGGCUUAGAGCCCCAGAGAGGAGAGGGCUCAGUAAGGUUGAGGUCUGAGGACAGACCCUGUGUGACCCGGCCCUGGGGAAAAGUCUCUAGUCUGGAAUCAGAGGUCUGAGAGAGACAGACAAAAACUACAGACUUUACAGACUGGAAUGUAUACUGUAGAAUAUACGGUUGGACUUCCACAUUGAAGAUUUGUGAUCCACAGUGACCGUUUCGGAGGAGGGUGGGUUACGGAGGAUUGUGGUCCUCUGUAGCUCAAUUGGUAGAGCAUGGUGCUUGUAA